GAGGCCGGAGGCUGCGGGCGGCCAGAGCAGGACUGACUUCCUGUUUAUGGUGGCUUCUUCAGUACAGUUCUAGCACUGGCCCAACGCUGAACAAAUUGCAUAAUUCGCCGCCUGCUUGUUUCUGCCAUGAAUUAACGGAUCCUUGCAAACUGCUGACCAUCGAGGGGGAAAAAAGGAAAGCUCCAGCUUGGCGUAGCUACAGUCUAUACAGCUGCAGUACUUGUUUUGUCUAAUGUGCUUUAAGGAUGAGCCCGGCGCGAGGAGCAAUGGAAGUGGAGCACUAUGCAAAGGGAGUUGUCCUAGAACCGUUUGUUCAUCAGGUGGGGGGGCAUUCUUCUGUCCUCCGAUUUAAUGACACGACGAUUUGCAAACCCCUCAUUCAGCGGGAACACCAGUUCUAUGAAACACUGCCUCCAGAGAUGCGCCGGUUUACACCUCAAUAUAAAGGAGUCAUUUCUGUCAGUUUCGAAGAAGAUGAAGAAGGAAACCUGUCUUUAAUUGCCUACCCGUUAUCAGGGGACCAAGUUGAUUUGGAAAAUGUAGAUAACUCUGAUUGUGAACCUAAAAAUAAACUUAUAAGGUGGAGUAACAAAAAGCCCGUUUUACUAGAAAAUGACAAUUACGGCAAGGAUCGGGUCAGGCAAAACAGGAAGGAAGAGAAAAUUAAAAGCCAUAAACUAGAAGAGGAAUUUGAGUGGUCGAAAAAGUCUGAAGUGUUAUAUUGUAGUCUAGAGAAGAAGUCUGGGAAGGUGAAGCAUAACCCUUGGAGCAUGAAGUGUCAUCAGCAACAGCUGAAACGUAUGAAGGAUAACGCCAAACACAGAAACCAAUACAAAUUUAUUUUAUUGGAAAACCUAACCUGCCGAUACGAAGUUCCAUGCGUCCUCGACCUAAAAAUGGGAACCCGGCAGCACGGGGAUGAUGCUUCGGAGGAAAAGAAGGCAAACCAGAUCCGCAAAUGUCAGCAAAGCACUUCUGCUGUCAUUGGCGUCCGAGUCUGUGGGAUGCAGGUUUAUCAACUGGACUCUGGCCAACUCAUGUUCAUGAACAAGUACCACGGAAGAAAGCUUUCGGUCCUGGGCUUUAAAGAAGCACUUUACCAGUUUUUUUAUAACGGGAAGUACUUGCGCAGGGACCUGUUUGAACCUGUUCUUAAGAAACUGUCUGAACUGAAAUCGGUAUUGGAGAAACGGGAGUCUUACCGCUUCUACUCCAGCUCCCUGCUGAUUAUUUACAACGGCAAGGAAGCGACUGUGGAUUCCGACUCUGAAUACCUGGAAGACCUCUCUGAAGAAUCGGCUGAUGAGUCAGCGGGGGCCUACGCCUACUCCCCAAACUCAGUCACGGCUGACGUCCGCAUGAUCGACUUUGCUCACGCGACGUGCAAGUAUUUUGGCGAAGAUAGCGUCGUUCAUGAAGGACAGGACACUGGCUAUAUCUUUGGACUUCAAAAUUUAAUAACUAUUAUUAAAGAAAUAAGAGACGACAGCAAUGAAUAAACUAGAGACGUGUAAUCGUGCUGUUGUGAAUGGGUUUCUUUGUAGUCAGGUUAUUGACUGACCAAUUCAAGGUCUUGACAUUUGUAACCCGAUGGUAGAUGUUCAUCGGCAGAAACUGAAUGGAAUGGGCAUUUCCUACGGUAGUGCCAGAACAAGGCACUUGCAAAUAUCUAUUUAUUUUAACUAUUUCACGAACAUUCCAUAAUAUUUGACUUGUCAAAUACCUCUGUAUUCCUGUGCGUAUCUGUUCAUAAAUAAAAAUUGUUUUUGUGGUAAA